AUGUCAAGACAAUUGAUCACGGAUAACACUUCUCCAACAGAGUCGGAACGACUGACGACGAAUUUUCGUUUUACGAACGAGCAACAAGAGAAUGCAACCCCAAGCGUAAUUACCAUUGAUGACAAGAGAAUGAUUAUAGGUGAUGAUGAUCAUUAUUCUGCAAAACAUUCUCAAAACAAUAUUGAUUUAGAGGCUCAACAGGAGAGAGAAAUUAACAAACUGAAAAACGGAUCAUCGUUCUAUCCGACAAAUGUAGAUUGGAGUGUUAUUGGCAAUUUUUCGGGCAUUGAAUCCAAUGUUCAGAAACUAUUGAGAGGCGUUUACAUGCUACUGGCUGCCUCUGUGCUGUGUGCAACCUUCGGGUGCGCAGUUUCUAUUUAUUAUAAUUUGCAACCUUCUAUUUUGUACAACCUUGUUUCUUUUGGAUUAGUAAUUUAUGUAACUUUAACAAGCUCGAUGCCUGGGUUGUUGGCACUUGGCUUGAGUUUUGGAUUUCAAUUUGGACCGCUCAUAAGGCUCAUCAUUACUGAAAUUGAUCCCUAUAUUCCUCUCUAUGCCUUAGUUGGAACAACUUUGAUUUUAAGUUGCUUCUCUGUAGCUGCUCACUUCUCCAAACGUAGAAGCAUGCUAUUUAUUGGAGCAACCCUUUCGAGCUUCCUUUCGUUGAAAGAUGUCAUGCUGGUGAUGAAGAUAUUGUUCGAAUGGCGCUUCAGCUCUUUAUGGAUUUCAUCGCUAUUUUCUUGA